AUGUUCCGAGUCUGCUGCUACAUUCUGGUCUUUGUUGCCGGGGGCAGCCAGACAUGCUUACCAGGGGCAAUCCCGGAGGGACAGAGGUCGAACAUUUCCCAGAAUGGCCUUUCCAUGCCCAUUGGCAUAGCCUCCGGUGACUGGCAAUUCAACUUGAUUCUGACUGAUAUGAUGGAGAUUUUGCUGAAGGAAGCUCUCGGCUACAAUGUUGCACGCGUUGUAACGGGAUCUGGGCUCUUUAAACUCCUGUAUGUGGCUGGGUGCAGGCUUGAGGCCCCAAUUACAUGCAGCCUCCCAUCAUUUCAUCAUAUUACUCUGGAGGUAAUGGUGGCCCAUACUGCGCUGACUGAAUGGAUCACAGCUAUGGAGCAGCUGGGUGACGAAGCCCCGGUGGACUUGGGAAGCAUGGGCUAUGAGGGAACGGAGGGCUUGUUCGUGUUCCAAGAACCACGAACGAAGUAUCUUGCUGACACUGGUUUGGACCUGUCGUACUUCUUUUCUUAUAACGCCUCAUGGUUCCAUCCGGAGAACUACCUUGCCACAGUAGAUGAAGUGGACAUGAGUCAGCUUCGCCCUUGUGCAGAAAGCUUGCAUGUGGAGUGGCCUGGCCUGGCGCAGCAAUACCUAAGUGUGACCGGAGACUUAGAUGGCAUCGAGUAUCGAAAUGGUGAGGCCCAUUUGAUAUGCUGGAGGGACACAUGGUGGCUGGCACCUGCUUGCCGAUCAAAUGCUUCGAAUUGUAUUGCAGUGGUGACAGGACCGGAGGCCUGGGGGAAGCCUUACAUGGUGCAGCAGGCAGCUUUUCACAACAUGCCGCUUGCAUUGGCAUCGGCCGUGUCAACCUCUGCCUACCAGCAAAUUACUUUGCAGCUCAAGUCGCUGUUCUACUGGUGGACUCCAGACCCCUCGUUUGCCGCCUUCCAAACUUCCAAGGUCGUGUUUCCGCAGCACAACGCAGGAGAGUACAGGGAGGGUGUGUACAAGACCCAACCCAACAGUGAGCCCAUGCGCAAGCUGGUUUCAUCUGGGUUAGCAACAGCAGCUAGCCGUGCCAAUGGUCUUGUUGCAAACUUCUAUUUUUUAGAAAGUGAUGUGAGCGACCUCCUUGCAUUGCAUGUGCAGUCUGGCUCUAAUCCAUGGCACACUGCGUGCACAUGGCUGAAGUCACAUGGAGAUCAAUGGGCUGGUUGGAUACCUGCCAAAACCGACUGCACCGCAGGCAAAGGCCUUGUGGAUGAGUCUGGCAUGUUUGUCAGUGCAGGGGCGAAUGCCGCAGACUGUGCUACGUGUCCGCCUGGACGAGCCUCGCUGAAGUGGAACAACACGUUCCUUUGCGCUUCAUGUCCGGUCGGUUCUUUCCAGAACUCUUGGGGGGCCACCGAGUGCUCGCUCUGCGACACGGGGGCCAUCGCAGCAGAGCGUGGUGCAACGCAAUGCAGUCUUUGUACCCUUGGGCAGUUUGCCAACGGCACUGGCAUGAGCUUCUGCUUCAACUGCACCAUGGAGUCUGGUCAUUCUGGUCAGCGUGAGUUGUGGACAACCAGUCAAGAAGUCAUCUGGGAGACGGGCAGCCAAAUCAUUCAGGUCCAGGGGGCUACUUCCAGCUCCUUUUGUAGCUGUACGGUGGGAAGCUUUUUGAAAGAGGGCCGCUGCGUCGCCUGUCCUGUCGGCACGCACUGCCCAGGCUCCAACCGCCUGGAGUUGCUGCCUGGGUACUUCUCAUCGCCUGACACGCCUGAUGAUGUGUAUCUGUGCGAAGAGAGCUUCUGCCCAGGUGGGCCACCGGGCACUUGUGCUGAGAACCGUGAUGCUGAGAGUGUUGCCUGUACUCUUUGCCUCGGUGGUCACCGUGAGCAGCGGGACGGAUCUUGUCAGCCCUGCAGUGACUCUGACUACAUGCUGUUGCUUCUUCUUGCUGCCGGCAUUGUUGCCGGUGUGGCUGCACUAUAUGUUUCUUUGUUACAGGAAGAGCAGGCCCAGCAGAACCGCCAUGUUUUGGUGAUAGUAUGUGGUUUCUCGCAAUUUCUAGCAAUGCUUCAGAUGUUGGCCGUGAUUAAGCGCUUUGACAUCAGUUGGGGCGAGCCUUUUGCAAGCUUCUUGAUUUAUUCAGAUAUUUUGAGCUUGGAUUUCGAAAUGGUAUCCUUUACCUGCGUGACCAUGGGCCCUGUUGAGACCUUUGCGCUCAGAGCACUUACAAUGCCUGCAAUGGUGGUGGUUGCUUCAAUGGUUUAUGCAGCGCACAAGCUCACGGCUUUCCUCCUCAACGGAGCAGCUGGUGCCAAUCGAGUCAGCGCUCGGUACCUCUUGCGAACUGUUGGAAGUCUCUUCCUUAUGUUUUUCAUCAUCCUCUUUUCUAUGCUGCUGGCACCCUUCAAGUGUCGUGCGCAUCCGAACGGGCGGUUUACAGUUCAGGGCUAUGGAUCAGUGCUUUGCAAUGGUCACGGGCAGCACAUGCAGCUGUUUCUCAUAGGAGGCCUUGCAUGUAUGAUGCCUCUCCUUUUCCUUUCCGUUUGUAUUUGGCUUGUUUUGGUUGAACUUCCUAGACGCUUGACGCGGUCAGACACCAACUUUGUGAGAACAUGCUCUUUCCUCAUCGUACGGUUCCGCCCGGGUGCGGAGGUAUUUGCCGUAGUGCUUUUGAUAAGAAACGCUGUGGUGGUGCUCUGCCCAAUCGUGAGCACCAACUCCACAAAGCUCUUGAUGAUGAGCUUGGUUCUGUACGCGAACCAGUUGCUGGUGGCCUUGUUCAGGCCUUGGCGGUUCGCCCUCUGCAACUUCCUGGACAUGGUCAUUGUUCUGGGAAUGCUAGUGAUCCUCGACAUGGGCUCUGUGACAGUCAGGGAUUCGGAUCACAGAGCCACAACGGCUGUUGUCGUGAUAUUCCUCUCUGCAAUGUUUGCUGCGGCUUUCGGAACCUUCUUCUGGGCCAUAUCGAGGUUCUUCUGGCUCAAAAUCCGAAAGCGGUUCAAGUUCUUUCUCUGCCAUCACAAGCAGGGCGCGGGCUCCAUGGCGCGACUCUUGAAGAUGGAGCUAGAAGUUCGGCUGCCGGGCACAAGGACGUUCAUCGAUUGCGACGACCUCUCUGACCUUACAAGGCUUUUCAGCUAUGUGAGUCAGGACACAGAGACGUUCGUAAUCUUGGGCAGCCCCCAGAUCUUUACCCGCAAGUGGUGCAUCGGCGAGAUGGUAUCUGCCAGGCAAAGCCGUGUCAGAACUCUUUUGCUGGCAUGGCCGGAUAUGGUGGCACCCGAUGCUGUGCUCAUCGAGAACUAUUGCAGCAUUGUCCCAGACAUUGGUGAGCUAGUCAAGUUUGGGAUCAGCCUGGCAGAUGUCCAAGCGACCUUACGGUUUUUGAGCUCAGUCGAGACGCUCACUUUGCCAGGACAGCUCAUUCACAAUAUUGACCAGCUGAUCGAUUCGUUUACUGGCAUUCCUCACAGCAAAAUCAGCAGAUUUUCUAGCAAAGACACGGGAUCUGACUUUCCAAUCUUGGUGGACCCAGGCAACUUGGAGGCAGUGGCAUCGGCAAUGGUAUUGUCAGCACUGCUGAAGCCGCUAUUGUUGGGCACACAUUUGCCCAUACCCUCGGUCCUCUCGCAAGACUUUGAAAUUGCACAGUCGGCCAAGAUGUCGCUGAUGUUGUGCAGUGAGAGCUGCUUCAAGUCAGAGCACGUCCGAACAUGGCUGCUGCAAGCUUACCACGCAGCUUCCUGCUGCAUGAUCCCAGUGAUUGUUCAGGAUGGCUUCCAAGUACCUACAGCAAGCUACGUUUCGUCCGAGUUCCCGGUAUCUGCCAUGGACAUAGAAGAGCUACAUCUGUAUGGUGUGAUUAUCCGCGCCCUGUUUCAAGACAUUGCUUUGAUUUUCCUUCCCCAGAGCUUCAACCGCGAAGAUCUUGAUCUCCGAGCUCAGCAAGCCGCACGGAGGCUCACUGCUCCUCAGCAGACACUGAAGGACAAGGUUGUACGGCUCAUAGAGAGCUUUCACACGCCCACCCUAAAAUUGGUCGCCUGA